AUUUUCUUACUUUGAAUGCUGAAUUAUAUUGUACUAAUGUUUACUUUGUUGCCUGAUUUUUUUACUGUGGUUGCAGCUGUGAUUAGAAUGUUCUUGACUUAUGAACUGUUGAUACUUUUGAGAAAAUGGGUUUGCUUGUUAAUUUAUUUGUAAUUGAGAAGAUUUCCUUAAUGGGUUGAUUCGUUUUCCAUGGUUUCGAUUCUUGUUUGUUGCUGUAGAUUGCUGAGAGAACAUAGGGAGAGAAUACUAAAAAUCUCAAGUCUUGUACUAUUAUCACUAUUUAAGACAUGGCCACAGCCAAAAUUUAUUACACUUAAUCAUCUGGAUUUUUCAAGCUUGCAAGUUAUGUGAAUGCAUACAAAGCUUGGAACUUUGUUUUCAGAAUGCUUGCUGCUGUUAUAAAAUGUUUUGAAUCAACUUCAUCUUUGGUUCUUGAGUUUUCCUGUGUUGCAAUUGUUGUAUUGUUCAUAUACUUGUUUGCGAUUUGGUGGUACUUCUUGCUUGUUUCAGUAUAUAAAUACUUUCUCAUUCUUCUCUCUAGAAAAUGAGAAGAAAAUAAAAAAAAGACAAACCACUUGGCCUUUUAGAUUUUGCAUGCCGUAAAUUUCAAACUCAAUCACUUAUUGUAAGUCUGCUUGGGUUUUCACAGCAACCAAAUGGAGGAUAAAGAUGAAUCUGUUAGUUCAUGUGGUUGUGGUGCUUGUAUUGUUCUACUCUCCAAGUAUGAUCCUGUGAUCGAUCAAGUUGAAGAUCUUACAGUAAGCUCAUGUCUGACACUGCUUUGCAGUGUAAAUGGAUGUGCGAUUACAACAACUGAAGGCCUUGGAAAUAGCAAAGACGGGUUCCACUCAAUUCACCAAAGGUUUGCUGGCUUCCAUUCUUCUCAAUGUGGCUUUUGUACUCCUGGAAUGUGCAUUUCACUCUUUGGGGCCCUGGUUAAUGCUGAAAAGACUGAUAGGCCGAAACCCUCUCCAGGAUUCUCCAAGUUGACAGCUGUUGAAGCUGAAAAGGCUAUUGCAGGAAACCUUUGUCGCUGUACCGGGUAUCGAUCCAUUGCAGAUGCAUGCAAAAGUUUUGCAGCUGAUGUUGAUAUGGAGGAUUUGGGAUUAAAUUGUUUCUGGAAGAAGGGAGAAAGUCCAGAUGUAAAGAUAAGUAGGUUACCUUCAUAUGACCAUAAUAACGAGAUUUGUACUUUCCCUGAAUUUCUUAAAUGUGAAAUCAAAUCUUCCUUUCUUUUGGAUUCUCAAAAGUCCUCUUGGUACAAUCCUGUCAGUGUUAAGGAGCUCCAGAGCCUAUUAAAAGCCAUUAAAGGCAACAACGGGGCCAGGAUCAAACUAGUGGCCGGUAACACAGGUAUGGGUUACUAUAAGGAUCUACAACACUACGACAGUUACAUUAAUCUCUGCUAUGUUCCUGAGCUUUCAAUUAUUGGGAAAGAUCAUACAGGGAUUGAAAUUGGGGCAACUGUUACUAUUUCUAAAGCCAUCAAAGCUUUGAAGACAGAGAGUAAUGGCGAGUUUCUAUCAGAAAGUGAGAUGGUGUUCAAAAAAAUUGCAGUCCAAAUGGAAAAAAUAGCCACUCAAUUUGUUCGAAAUACAGGUAGUGUGGGGGGGAAUUUAAUGAUGGCACAGAAGAAUUGUUUUCCUUCAGAUAUUGCAACGAUACUUCUUGCCGCUGGUUCAUUUGUGAAUAUAAUAACUGAUACCAUGCAUGAAAAGCUUUCCUUGGAGGAUUUUCUGGAAAGGCCUCCACUGGAUUCAGAAAGUAUACUUGCAAGUGUUAAAAUCCCAAAAUGGGAACCAAUUAAGAAUGAUUCUUCUGAAAAGGAUUGCAAGAUGCUCUUUGAAACCUAUCGAGCUGCACCCCGACCUCUUGGGAAUGCCUUGCCCUAUUUAAAUGCUGCUUUUUUGGCUGAAGCUUGUCGCUGGAAAUCUUCCGGGGCAAUUGCUCUAAACAAAUGCAUGUUGGCUUUUGGUGCCUAUGGAACCAGACAUUCAAUUAGAGCAAGGGCAGUUGAGGAAUUUUUAACUGGAAAAAAAUUAACUCUUGAUGUUCUGUAUGAGAGUAUUAAAUUAGUUGGAGCCUCUGUGGUACCUGAAGAUGGCACAACAAGCUCUGCAUAUAGGUCAAGCCUGGCUGUUGGUUUUUUAUUUGACUUUCUUGGUCCCUUAAUAGACAAUGUUGCUAAAAUUUCUAACCAUUGGUUGGAUAACUAUGGUAGUGCAACAAUAUUCACUGUUGACGAAGUAAAACAGAAACACGACCAGCUUGAUCAUGUUAAAGUCCCAACUUUGCUGUCUUUAUCAAAACACGUGUUUGAAGUAACCAAGGAGUAUCAUCCUGUUGGUGAGCCAGUGAAAAAAUCCGGAGCUGCCCUUCAAGCUUCUGGUGAGGCUAUUUUUGUGGAUGACAUUCCCUCUCCGAUGAAUUGUCUAUAUGGAGCAUUCAUUUAUAGUACAAAGCCUUUUGCUAAGGUCAAAAGUAUAAAAUUCAAGUCUAAAUCACUACCAUUUGGGGUUGCUGCACUUAUCUGUUUCAAAGAUAUUCCGAAAGAUGGGGAGAACAUAGGUUCUAAAUCCAUUUUUGGUGCUGAACCUUUGUUUGCUGAUGAGAUGACUCGGUAUGCUGGAGAGCGUAUUGCUUUAGUGGUUGCAGAUACACAGAAACAUGCAGAUGUGGCAUCAAACCUAGUCGUGGUAGAUUAUGACAUGGAAAAUCUAGAACCACCUAUUUUAACACUGGAAGAAGCUGUUAAGAGAUCUAGCUUUUUUGAGGUCCCUCCUUUCUUCUACCCCAAACAAGUUGGAGAUGUAUCAAAGGGAAUGGCCGAAGCUGAUCAUAAGGUUCUCUCUGCUGAGAUGAAACUUGGAUCACAAUAUUAUUUCUAUAUGGAGAAUCAGAGUGCUCUUGCUUUGCCUGAUGAAGACAACUGCUUGGUGGUUUACAGUUCCAGUCAAUGCCCUGAGUUUUCACAUUCUACAAUUGCAAGAUGUCUUGGUCUUCCUGAGCAUAAUGUGCGUGUAAUUACAAGAAGGGUUGGAGGAGGCUUCGGUGGAAAGGCUUUAAAAUCCAUUCCUGUAGCAACAGCAUGUGCACUUGCAGCACACACUUUACAACGACCUGUUAGGAUGUAUCUCAAUCGCAAGACUGACAUGAUAAUGGCAGGAGGGAGGCAUCCCAUGGAAAUAACUUACAGUGUAGGGUUCAAAUAUAGUGGGAAAAUCACAGCCUUACAACUCGAUAUACUGAUUAAUGCAGGGAUAUCUCCAGAUAUAAGUCCAGCAAUGCCACAUAACAUGCUGGGUGCUCUUAAGAAAUAUGACUGGGGUGCUUUAUCUUUUGAUAUAAAGAUUUGCAAAACAAACCAUUCAAGUAAAUCAGCAAUGCGGGGCCCUGGGGAGACACAAGCAUCAUUUAUUGCGGAAGCUGUAAUAGAACAUGUAGCCUCCACCCUUUCCAUGGAUGUUGAUUCUGUGAGAAGCAUAAAUCUCCAUACAUACGACAGCCUUAAAAUGUUCUAUGUCUCUUCAGGUGAAGCUCUUGAGUAUUCUUUAACUUCAAUGUGGGAUAAGAUAGCCAUGUCAUCAAACUUGAAUCAAAGGACUGGAGCGGUAAAAGAGUUUAAUCGGAGUAAUGUGUGGAAGAAAAGAGGCAUUUCUCGAGUGCCUGUUGUGCAUGAAGUGAUGGUGAGACCAACUCCUGGGAAAGUUGGCAUUCUAAGUGAUGGGUCUGUUAUUGUUGAAGUUGGAGGGAUAGAGCUGGGCCAGGGGCUCUGGACAAAGGUAAAACAGAUGGCUGCAUUUGCUCUCAAUGCAAUCAGAUGUGAUGGAGAAGGAGUACUCUUGGAUAAAAUACGGGUGAUACAAUCUGAUACACUGAGUUUAAUUCAAGGAGGGUUUACGUCUGGUAGCACUACAUCUGAAUCAAGCUGUGAAGCAGUUGGACUUUGCUGUAAAACCUUGGUUGAGAGACUAACACCUUUGAAGGAAAGGUUGCAGGUGCAGAUGGGUUCUGUGAGAUGGGAGAUGCUCAUAUCCCAGGCAUAUUUGGAAGCUGUGAACUUGUCAGCCAGUUCUUUCUUUGUCCCUGACUUGAAUUCCAUGCAAUACUUAAACUACGGUGCAGCAGUCAGUGAGGUGGAGGUGAAUCUUCUGACUGGCGAAACAACAAUUUUGAGGUCAGAUAUUAUCUAUGACUGCGGAAAAAGUCUGAAUCCUGCUGUGGAUUUAGGACAGAUUGAAGGAGCUUUUGUCCAAGGAAUCGGGUUUCUUAUGCUUGAAGAUUACACCACAAACCCAGAUGGAUUAGUGGUUUCUGACAGCACUUGGUCAUAUAAGAUCCCUACAAUAGACACGAUACCGAAACAGAUCAAUGUUGAAAUCCAUAACAGUGGACAUCACAAAAAUCGUGUUCUUUCAUCAAAAGCUUGUGGUGAGCCACCACUACUCCUAGCAGCCUCAGUUUACUUCGCUGCACAAGCAGCUAUUAAAGAGGCCCGCAAACAAAUGCGUUCAUGGGGUUGCAUAGAGCAGCCAGCAUUCAACUUCCAGGUUCCUGCCAUUAUGCCUACCGUGAAGGAGCUUUGUGGGCUGGACAGUGUGGAGAGGUACUUACAGUGGAAAAUCGGACGCGAGACCUCCUCCGAGCUAGACUAGUGAACAUUACAUGGAGACUGCUAUUGUUCACACGCAAACAAAUUGUUCUCUGACACGGUCACGCAUGCAUACGAAUGCACAGGUCUGUGCGACAUCAAAACAAACAAAAACUGCAAGCAGGUCUUAUGCAUGUCCAGUGUUGUCAUCCACCAAAAGCCAUUAUCUAGAACAAAUGCGGAUUGCCCCCUCUUAAAAUUCAAGUUUCUUGUUUCUUUAACUCUAUUCUUGUAAUAAGUUGAAUAAUUAACAAAAUUGAUUAAAGAACUUCCAUCGGAGAUGGAAAAGGUUGAAGAAAAAAAAA